GCCUUUCCAAUUAGAAAAAUAAAACUACUACUACUGUUUCGCAAAGUCGUUCGUCAGCUGUGUGUGUUUAAGUGUAUAAUCUAUGGUGUGUGUCACUGUGUGUUGUGUGAACAUAGUGUGUGAACCGUAAUCAGACCGACAUGACAUAUAAGCGCAAGAAAUAUCAUUGUGGCGACACACAUUUAAAAAAGCGGUGGAGAGUGCGUAACAGAAAGAAAGAUUUGGAUGAAAUAGACCAAGAUUUAAAGGAAGAAAAUGCUGAAAAAUUACUGAACCAAAAAGUUGAUUUAGAUCUGCCAGGUGCAGCACAACAUUACUGUCUACAUUGUGCAAGGUAUUUCAUUGAUGAACAAGCUUUGAAUGAUCAUUUCAAGACAAAAGUCCAUAAACGGAGAUUAAAAGCACUCGAGCUUGAACCUUAUACUAUAGAAGAGUCAGAGAGAGCUGCUGGCCACGGGAGUUUCAAAACAGCAACAAAACGAAAAAUUGUUUCACAAAAUAUUGAGAAAUCUCAAACAGAUGAAGAUGGUGAUGCUAUUUUAGAGGAAAGUCCAAACAAAAAGAAGAAAAUUGAUGACAAUGAUAUAUAAAACUCAUUUCUACACACUGUUCAAAACACGAAACCUAUUGGUAACCCCCAAAAGAUAUUCAGCUCUUUUCAUCAAUGGUGCCAAGGCAACAGAAAAUUAUGUUUAUGUCACUCCUUAUUUAGACUUUCCAGAAAAAUUUCAGAACAUAAAUAAUAUAAAAAAUGAUUUGAAAAAAAGGAAAUACAAUUAUAAUUUUGAAAAAUUAGAAGAACUUUGGCACGUUUAUGAGGAACUGAAACAAAAAAGAAAUCAAUAUGAACAACAAAAAGAUCAACUAGCUAAGGAAUUAGGGAAGAUAAUAAAAAAUGAGUCUGAAAAAGAAGCAAUUAAUAAGUUAAAAUUGCAAAUCACAUUGAUUAAGGAUGAUAUUAGGAAGAUAAAAGCAUCUCUAUGGUCAGCUGAAGAGGCAGCUGUUGUUGAAGCACUGAAGUUACCAAACAAUUUGCAUGAUAAAACCCCUGAAAGUGACAGUCAAAUAGUGUACACACAUUUAAAACCUCCAAAAAAUGACAAGAAUCACAUAAAAAUUGGUCAAGAUCUCAAUUUAAUAACUAUUAAAAACAAUGAAAACUACUAUCUAAAAGGAGAUGCAGCAAUAUUUGAACUAGGAGCUAAGUUUUUAUUCAGUGACAUUUUAAAGAAAAAUAAUUUCAUACAAUUCUCAAAUCCUGAUUUUGUGAAAAGUGUCAUUGUUGAGGGCUGUGGCAUCAACCACACUAAUCCUGAUACAGUAUUUAUACUGCAUCAUAAUGAAGAUACUCAAAUUAAUUCAGACAGUAGACUUCAUUUAACAGGUGGUGGUUCAUUGUGUUCUUAUAUGGCAUAUCAUGCUAAAAAUGUUUUGUAUCCAAAAGUAUUGCCUCUUAAGUAUUUCAAUAUGGGUAGACAAUAUGUUCCAGUUGCAUCUGAUUUUAAUAGUCUUUUAACAGUUAGUCAAGCUGCAGUUGUAGAAUUUUUUGCAGUCACAAAAGCUGCUACAGAUAUAGAUGAAAUGUUGGAUAAUUUGAUAGAAAUUUUGAAGCAAUAUUACAGUAGGUUUGAUUAUCAUUUUCGGAUAAGUAUGACAGCUGCUCAUCAGCUUAACAUGUGGGAAUCUUUGAGGUUGUCUGUGGAAAUGUAUUCCAGCUCCCAACAAAAAUAUGCUACCAUAGCAAAUGUAUCCUUAAGUGGUGACUUCAUUAGUAAGAGGCUGAUGUUUACAUAUGUGGAUAAUAAAGUUACAAAAUUUCCACAUAUUCUGUCAGGUACAUUGUUGAAUGUACCAAAAUUUUUGGCUUGUGUUUUAGAGCAAGAUAAUGACUUUUGUGUUCCAGAUAUAUUGAAACCUGAAAAUUGGAGUUUGUAAAAUAUAACUUAAACAAAAUGUAAUAAAAUGAAUACACAGAUUUUUUUUGAACCAUUGUUAUAUAUUUAUAACUAAAACUUGAACAACAAAAUAAAAACAAUUAUCACAGGUCAAA